AUGGGAGUGUUUACUUUGAUGCCGAUGAUAGACACGCCUCUCCUCUCUCUGCCUGACCCAAAGCCCUCUUCACUACCUCAUACACCAACCCCAACACAGCAUAGUAACAGCAGUUGCAAGGAGCUACUUGAAGCAGGUCAAAGCGAGACUGGUAUCUUCACAAUAGUUCCCGCUGGCUUUAGUGAUGGUCUGAGGGUGUGUUGCGACAUGGAGACUGAUGGCGGGGGAUGGAUCAUCAUCCAGAGGCGUCAAGACGGUAGCGUGGAUUUCUACCGCAACUGGAUCGACUAUCGUGUUGGUUUCGGUGACUUGAACGGUGAGUUCUGGCUCGGGAACGACAACCUCCGUAAGCUGACUGAGACUGUAGGAAUGUGGCAGCUGAGAUUUGACUUAGAAAACUGGUUUGGCGAGAAAGCAUGGUCAGAACAUGAAGGUUUCCGUAUUUCUGGAGAAAACUUUCGGCUUAACGUGGACUCUUACAAUGAGAAAAGCCCUGCAGAUUACUCUAUCCUCUGUGUACUUGGCGCUAGUUGGCACGAUGGCAUGAUGUUCUCCACGAAAAACAAGCAAAAUGACAAGAACAAUUGUGCAGAAAGAUUUCAUUGGGCGUGGUGGUACGACGACUGUUGUAUGUCCAAUCUGAACGGUCGGUACUACGUAGGUGGGACGCUCGAUGGAGAGCGGGAUGGUAUACACUGA